AUGGUAACGGACAUAGUUGAGAGCGCAACGAAUUUGAAACGCAAAUUACAAGAUACGCACGGGAAAAGACUGGAAGUUUUGGCGGACUCAAAAGUUAUGAUACUGCAGGAAGUAAAUGAGCCGUUUUUAAAUAUGGCGGUAUCGAAAGCGGCCACGUUGCUUGGCGCUUACGACGUAAAUAUAACGGAUAAUUUGCAUUGGGAAAAUGAUUAUAUGGGAAGAAUAUUUUCGUAUAUGGCAGACGCAAUAUUUGUAGCAACUGUUACGCAUAUGUGUCUGCAACGUUUUGCUGAGCAAUCUACUGUGCCAGUACUGUGCAUGCGGUCCAGGACCCACGCUACCAUACAGGCCUUGGCCACCAUUAUGUCUAUCAACGAAGAAUAUAAAACGUUAAAAGAUGUAAAUUUAGCAUAUUUUGGAUCGCCGCACCCCGUCUUGAACUCAUAUCUUCUGUUAAGUCCAAUGCUUGGAGCUAAUAUAAGAUUUAAAUGCUGUUGUGAGAAAUCUCCUGUACAUCCAUUACUAUUUAAAGCCAGUGAAGAUAUGUGUGCUCAAAGACACACAGGUCUUAAAGAGUGCAUGUCUAAAGAUGACGUUUUAAAAGAUGCAACAGUAGUAAUAGCUGGUCCCACUAAUGAGAAGAAAAUUGAUGAGUUCAAACUUAGUGUGGAGGACAUAGAGUCACAUACCCAAGGCAAGUGGAUUUUUUUCCACACUGGGCCUAGAGGUCAUGAAGUUGAUGACAAUCUGUUUUUACACAAAAAUUCAAAGACUUUUGAUGCAUUUAAAAAUUUUCAAUAUAUUGCCGCUGCAUUGAUGGCAAAUGUAAUAAAGGAUCAUAAGUUC